CACCCCCGUGACGUCACCGCCCAUCCCCGUCCCCGCGCUCAUCCCGGGGUCCCGCUCUGACGUCACGGGGGAACCCCCUCCGAGCCCCGCCCCUCUCUGCCUGCCAAUCACCGCCAAAGCCGCGCGGUGAUUGGCCGCGCCCGCAGGCCCCGCCCCCCGACCCGCCCGCGCGGGGUCACCGCGAAGAUGGCGGCGCCCAGCGGCGCGACCGGGCACGGGGACGGCGGAGCGCGACCGUGAGCGGACACGGCCCGGCCGGGAGAGACCGGGAGCGGACGCAGCCCGACCGGGAGCGGACACGGCCCGACCGGGAGAGACCGGGAGCGGACACAGCCCGGCCGUGAGCGGACACGGCCCGGCCGGGAGAGACCGGGAGCGGACACGGCGGCAGCGGGCGCCAUGCGGCCGGGGUGGCUCCGGGUCCUGCCCCGCCGCCUCUGGGGCGGCCCCGCAGCGCCGCAGCUGUGCCGGAGCUUGUGCCAGCGCCCCGCGCGUGUCCCCCCGGCGGAGGGUGACACCUCGGGGGCUGAUACCUCGGGGGGUGACACCUCGGGGAGUGACACCUCGGGGGGUGACACCUCGGGGACCUCAGCGUGGCAUCGCCGCUUCCACAAGAUCUGGAGGAACGACCCCCAGCCCCGGGGCCACCCGCGGGACCCCAUCGGGGGUGACACUUCAAGGGGUGACACCUCAAGGGGUGACACCUCAGGGAGUGACACCGCAAGGGGUGACACUUCAAGGUGUGAGGCCUCAUGGGGUGACACCUCAGGGGGUGCCACCUCAAGGGGUGCCACUUUAGGGGGUGCCACCCCCAAGGCCCCUCUGCGCCACCUCCGCUCCUACAGAUCGCGCCGUGAGGACACCCACGGCAACGCCAGUGACCCCGGUGACCGUGGGGAUUCCGGUGACCCCGGUGGGCACGGUGACCCCGGUGGGCACGGUGACCCCGGUGCCCGCAGUGACCCCGGUGCCCACGGUGCCCGCGGUGACCCCGGUGGGCACAGUGCCCGCGAUGACCCCAGUGCCCGAGGUGCCCACAGUGACCCCGGUGACCCCGGUGACCCCGGUGACCCUGGUGACCCCGGCGCUGCCUUGGCGGCGGCGCUGGAGGAGCUGGCGCGGAGCCCGCCCGGGUGCGGGGCGCGGCUGGCGCUGGUGGAGGCGGCGCUGGCGGCGAUGCCGGCGCUGGGCGCGGAGCGCAGCCUGGCCGCGUACAAGGCGCUGCUGCGGCUGCUGCCCCGCGGGGCCUGGGUGCCGCGCGGAGCCGUGCAGCGCCUGCUCUUCCCCUUCCCGCGGCAGCACGAGUGCGGCCUGCGCCUGCUGGAGUGCAUGGAGCGCCACGGCGUGAUGCCCGACGCCGAGCUGCGCUUCCUGCUGCUGGGGGUGUUCGGGCCGCGCAGCCGCCCGCUGCGGAAGCUGCAGCGGAUGCAGUUCUGGCUGCCGCGCCUGCGGCACCUGGACCCCCACCCGCUGCCCCCCCGGCUGCCCCCCGGGCUGGCGGCCGCGCGCCUGGGGCUGCAGCGCAUGGCCACCGAGCCCGGGGCCACCGUCACCCUGGUCCAGCGGCCGGUGCCGGACUCGGGGGACGAUGAAGGCUCUGUCCAGCCCUACAUCCUCAGACCCCCCCCUGGACCCCGAGCGCAGCUUUUACUUCCCGCUGCGCCUGGAGCUGGACCUGGAGCGCGGCCCCUGGGACGACGAGGAUUUCCACGUGGACGAAGUGGAGGAGGGCCCGGUGCUGGCACUGUGCAUGGCGGGCGCGGGGGACCGGCGCACGCUGGGCCGGUGGCUGGCGGCGCUGCAGCGGCACAACCCCGCCCUGGGCCGCACCCCGGUUCUGUUCCGCCUCACCCCGGGGGGGGACCCCGCCGCCGACCCCCCCCAGGGACCCCGAGACCCCCGGCUGGGCGCGGGGACCCCCGGGGCUGCGGCGCUGGAGCCCCCCGAGGAUGGGGAAUAAAGGGGGCGACGGAUGGACGGAUGGAGAGGGGGUGGCGUGGUUUUUUUGGGGGUGUCGUGGUUUUUUUGGGGGUGUCGUGGUUUUUUUGGGGUGUCGUGGUUUUUGGGGGGAUCCCUGGGGGCGUUUUGGCCCCCCUGUGCCAUCCCCCAGAACGUGGUGGUGGCCGGGGGGGAUUUUGGGGGGUCAGGGGGAGGGUUGGGGGUGCUGGGAGGGCAUUGCUCCUUCUCAGCAGCAAGGCCCAGUUGGUUCUGGGGGAGUUUGGGGGGCAUUUGGGGGGUCCCCGGUGAGUUUGGGGGACAUUUGGGGGGU